AGAAAUGUUACAAAGAGUAUACUAUCUUCGUGUAAAUAAAAAGAUUGAAAGCGCGCGAGCAGGAGGCUGAGAUGGAGAACAAGGAAACUGUCGGAUUAGGCUCGUCGGCGAAGGAGGCUUUCGAGAAGCUUGAGAAAGUGGGAGAAGGAUCUUACGGGAAAGUUUACAGAGCCAGAGAGAGGGCGACCGGGAGGAUAGUGGCCCUGAAGAAGACCAAGCUUCCGCAGGACAAAGAAGGUGUCCCUCCCACCACUCUCCGCGAGAUUUCCCUCUUGCGAAUGCUCUCCAGGGAUUCGCAUAUCGUCAAAUUGAUGGAUGUCAAACAAGGACUAAAUAGGGAAGGAAAGACGAUUCUCUAUUUGGUGUUUGAGUACAUGGAUAUGGACCUCUAUAAAUUUAUCCGCAGCUUCCGUAAGACUGGAAAAAACAUCCCUCCCAUAACUGUUAAGAAUUUGCUUUACCAGCUUUGCAAGGGAGUUGCUUUUUGCCAUGGCCAUGGUGUUUUGCACAGGUACAAUGAUUCCCGGAAACUCAUAGGGCUGGCCUGGUGUGUCCACGUUUUGGAAUCUUUUAGGAAAUCUUCAUUACAAUAUUUAUGUUAUGUUUAAAACUGGAGUUUCUAGCGUUUCCGUGAUACUUAGCUCAGAGACCUGAAGCCCCAGAAUCUUUUGAUGAACUGUAAGACAUCAAUGCUUAAAAUUGCCGAUCUGGGACUUGCACGAGGCUUCACUUUGCCUAUCAAGAAAUACACGCGGAAGAUAUCGACCCUGUGGUACAAGGCUCCUGAGGUUCUUCUGGGUGCUACUCAUUACUCCACAGCAUUGGACAUGUGGUCUGUUGGUUGCAUAUUUGGGGAGCUAAUAACACAGCAUGCUCUCUUCCCUGGAGAGUCUGAGUUGGGACAGCUGCUGGUCAUUUUCAGUUUGCUCGGUACACCAAAUGAAGAAGUAUGGCCAGGAGUGAGCCAGUUGGUGAACUGGCAUGAAUAUCCACAAUGGAAACCCCGACCACUUUCAUCUGCUGUCCCCAAUCUGGAUGAAGACGGCCUUAACCUGCUAGCUGAGAUGUUGCACUAUGAACCAUCAAGAAGGAUUUCUGCAAAGAAAGCUAUGGAACAUCCAUAUUUUGAUGAUCUUGACAACAAGUCGGGUCUUUAGGGUUAAGCACCAAGCAUGUUAGGUGUUCUACACUUCUACUAGAUAAGAAAAUAGUACUAGUAAGAAACUAGUUAAGCAUCCAUUAAUUUUGUCUAAUGAGCCCUGUAAAAUAUCAAUAUAAAUUGCUCAUGCAUAUUGAGUAAUGUAAAGUUUAUGAAUAAGGAUGUUUUUACUUGGUCUGAAAUUUGAUUUGCUGGUCUGGUAAGUUUACUAGACCAGACCAGCAAAUUUCAGUCAAGUUAAAACAUCCUGAGUAAACAUGGUUGUACUACUGAAGAUUUAAUUGUCUAGUGGUAUACUAAAAGCUUAGGACUAAGGUUUCCUUCCUGCUUUGAACAACUAAUAAAAGUGAAACUGGAUCUAUUUGACCAAUGGUCACUUGGUCAGUGCUUUUGGCCUGUGAGUAUCAAAAUUGUGC